AUGAACAGCUCAGACAUAGAUUUAGAAAGUGUUCGACAGGACUAUAGGGCCUCUCUGGCAGACCUCACUUGGAACUCAAAGCCGAUGAUCACUCACUUGACUAUUAUAGCGCAGGAGAACAUAAAAGCAGCAAAUGCCAUAGUACAAGCUAUAGAGGACCGAAUACGGAAUGCGGCGCCUGAACUCAAACUACCAGUGCUCUACCUCCUAGACUCGAUAAGCAAAAAUGUUGGAGGGAUAUAUAUCCAAAUAUUCUCACAUAAUUUAGCUCGUACGUUUCUUGAUGCUUACAAUGUAGUCGAUCAGGGCACAAAACAAAAAUUAGAGAAGGUUCUGUCUACUUGGAAACAAGGACUUAAUGGAAACCCAGUGUUUCCGCAGGAGAUUACAUCUUUGAUAGAGCGAUCUUUAUCGAGGCAACAUCCAAGGACAAUCGAUAGUGGAAGGUCUGGUAUACAUAUCAAUCCCAACUUUUUGGCUGGUAGAUUUACAACAGCAACAACAGCAGGUCCACAGCGAGUCCCACAGAAUCAGGUAUUUGUUCCAUCUGGUGACCAAUCCCAGUUGAUUCAAGAAUAUAGGGCAUUGCUUGUCCAGAGGCAGCAGUAUGCUUUGAUGAACCCAGGAAACCCGGGAGAUAUUAAUAAUAACAAUAGUCAGAUCUCUGCUUUGCAGCAGAUCAUUGACAUAAUGCAAAAAACGCCACUCACACCAGACCAAAUAGCAACGCUUCGUUCUCAGAUCUCCAGUACAUACCCUAAUACAGCCCCAACCGCGCCAUCGCCUCUUGUUUCUGCAUCUUUCAAUAAACAAACAAUGUCAACUCUUACCGCUCUUUCGAGUGCAUCUGAUCUUGCCGCCUUGAUUGCUGGCCAAAAUACAGCGUUUGGUAAUAAUGCGACUGUUCAGCCGCAGCCCCCGCCGCCGCAACCGCAUAUUGCACCAGGCGUGCAGCCGGCAUUUACCGGAAGCAUUUCGGGCGUCCCGAACAUUGCAAACAUUGCUAAUAUUGCAAACAUUGCUAAUUUAGCUAAUGUCGCUAGGCCCGUCCAAAUGCAUCCCGCGCCGCAAGUGCCACCUCCCCAGAUGCAGCCCACUAUGCCCCUACAACCUCUUGGUGGUGUCACUGAUCCAACAACGCUGAUCAGAAAUCUAAUGGAACAUGGCUUAUUGAACCCAAAUGGCACGUUGAAUACUAACAAUUUGCUAACACCUGGAGUUGCCACGUUGAGAUUGACUUCUAGCCGUAGAAAUGGAAGCGGAGCGCAGACCACGGAUGUACGAAUUCUUCAUGUUGAUCAGUUGGGCAAGAUUGAGUUGACGAGUGCCGAGCUUCAGAGACGUCGAGAAGGAGCAGUGUCGAUACUUUAUGAUGCGUAUCCUGCACAGUGUAAGCAAUGUGGAUUUAGGUAUGCAAAGACCGAGGAAGGUAAGGCAAAAAUGGAUGCUCAUCUGGAUCGGCAUUUUCGACAAAAUCGUCGAAUGAAGGAGAAAGCCAAGAAAGCGCAGACGCGCGCUUGGUUUGUCAGUAAAGAGGAUUGGAUCCACGUACGAGAAGAUGACGCCAGUGCAUCGUCAGCAACAAACGCCGCCCAUAGCUCCACAUCCACAAAAUCUUCCAACGCUGCGGCGAAUUCAAAAGAUACCAUUGCCGAGUCGACUGUCAUUGCUCCGAUUGAUAAAAUCAACAAACCCUGUCCGAUUUGCCAGGAAAAGUUUAAGAGUUUCUAUUCCGAUGCUGAGGAAGAGUGGCUGUUAAAGAAUGCUGUGAUGGUAGAUGGCGUCAUCUAUCAUGCAACUUGUCAUGCCGAUGUUACCAAGAGUCAACAGUCGUCACGUGAGAAUAGUAGUAUAGGAUCGUUGUUGAAAGAGCCAACGACAUACAAGAAACGGAAAGCUGAUAUGGAUGGCAUUCUCGAUAACCAAAUGGAUUUGAAGCGUCACAUAGUACCAGACUUGGAGGGGAAGGCUCAAGCACUUACAGCACAGCCAUCCGCUACAUAA